GAGUUCUAGAUAUAUACGGAUUCGAGAGUUUCAAGACAAACAGCUUCGAGCAAUUUUGUAUCAAUUUGACAAAUGAGAAGUUACAGCAGCAUUUCAACCAGCAUGUCUUCAAAAUGGAGCAAGAGGAAUAUACAAAGGAAGAAAUUGAUUGGAGUUAUAUAGAGUUCGUUGAUAAUCAAGAUGUUCUCGAUCUUAUUGAGAAGAAACCUGGCGGCGUUAUUGCUCUUCUGGACGAGGCCUGUAUGUUUCCAAGAUCAACGCACGAAACAUUUGCUGAAAAGCUAUAUCAAACACUUAAGGACAAUAAGCGAUUCAGCAAACCGAAGUUGUCACGAACUGACUUCACCAUCAAUCACUAUGCUGGUGAUGUCACGUAUCAAACUGAUCUUUUCCUUGAUAAAAACAAAGACUACGUUGUUCCGGAACACGCUGCGCUGCUCUGUGCUUCCAAGUGCUCCUUUGUUUCAGGACUUUUCCCACCUUUACACGAGGAAAGUACUAAAUCAACAAAGUUUUCUUCUAUAGCCACUCAGUUUAAGCAACAACUGCAAUCUUUGCUUGAAACAUUGAGUGCGACUGAGCCACACUACAUUCGUUGUGUAAAGCCAAAUAAUCUUCUUAAGCCGGGGAUAUUUGAGAACAACGAUGUGUUACAGCAGCUUCGAUGUGGGGGUGUAAUGGAGGCAAUUAAAAUAAGUUGCGCUGGAUAUCCAACUCGAAAGAACUUUGAUGAAUUUGUUCAGCGGUUUAGUAUAAUGGAACCUAAGGUUCUAAAAUCAUGUCCUGAUGAGAUGACGGCUUGCAAGAGACUUCUAGAUAAAGCAAACCUUAAAGAUUAUCAGAUAGGAAAGACAAAAGUUUUCCUGAGAGCAGGUCAAAUGGCAGAACUAGAUGCAUGUCGUGCCGAGGUCCUAGGAAGAUCCGCAAUCGUUAUUCAGAAAAAAGCUCGCACAUAUAUUUGUGAGAAACAGUACAAGUUAUUGCGAUUUUCUGCCAUAGAACUACAAAGGGCUAUUAAAGGACAACUUGCAAGACGUCGGUAUGAAUGCAUGAGAAGGGAGGCCGCAUCUUUGAUAAUCCAGAAACAAAUCCGCAUGUAUCUUUCGAGAAGUGCUUAUAAAACUACCUAUUCCAAAGCUGUUUGUAUUCAAAUCGGCAUGCGAGGAAUGGCUGCUAGAAAUGAACUUCGAUUCAGGAAGCGGACCCUAAGAAGACUGCAGCUAACCGAAGGCAUCUACAAAGCUUAUCUCAAAAGAGCAAUGAAUCCUUCAGACGAUAUACGCAACGAUAAAGAGAAUUAG